GUCUUACCUAGCAACAGUUGCCAAGUAAGUUAACAACUUAAUGCUAGAGUCUGGGAAGGAGCAACUGCUUAAAUCUUCCCAAAUCUGGUGCCCAUACCUUCUGUGGCAGGGGCUUUUAGCACCAUUCUUUAAUGUUAGACACAUAACCACUACCUAAUCAUGUGAACCAUUUAAUCCUUACCAGCCUCUAGCAUUAUCCUAAAACCUGAACCUCUUCCAGCUUUCUUAAACUUUCAGCUUUUCUUGAAACGACUUUUUCUGAUUCUAAGAUUAUUUUAACUGUAAAUAGGAGAAGACAUCUGAAAUUUAACUAUGAUCAGAAAUUCAGAUUACAAAAACUUUGUUUGCUGUGCUGUUUGUAAUAAAAUAAUUCCAGCAGCCCCUUUUGGAAAAACCUUCAAACGGAUCCAUGAAUACAAGCCACUUAAGACACGCUUUUACACUCACAAAGACAUUCUAGAUAUUGGGGCAAAUAUUCUGAAAAAAGAAGAGCAGUUUCAAGAAGAUAUACUCAGAGAACACAUUGCGAAAGCAGAAGCUGAAGUAUGGGCUCAGGCUAAUGAACGUCAAAAACAAGCAGUGGAGAAAGCACUUGAAGAAGCAAAUGACAGACACAAAAUUGAAAUUCAGAUUUUGAAAGAGGAACAUCAGAAAGAUUUACAGGAAGUGACAGCUAAAACUAAGACAGAGAUGUAUCAAAACAUGGAUGACGAAAUGAAGAGAGAGCACUUGGCUGCAGAACAGCGCAUGGUCCACAGAAUCCAAAGGAUUAUGAUGGAAUGCCACAGAGAGAAGGUCGAAGCUGUGGAGAAAGCCAGGGCUGAAGAAAGACACAUUGCCCAGGAAGCAAUCCAGGCCCAGAAAAGCAAAGCCGUGGAGGAAAUUGUGAAUACUGGUGUCACAGUUAUUAAGGAUGAGAAGACCAGUGUGGCCCGACUGAUGAGGGAAAAAGAACAUGAAAUGAACAUCCUCUAUGGCAUAGCUCAGAGGCAGAGGCAAGAAGAGGUACAGGAAGUGCUUCAAGAAGCAGAGAAAACACAUCAGGCCACUCUUGGCAAUAUGAUGGAUAAACUGGCUAACACCCAGGGGGAGCUGCUGUCUAUAGCAAAACAACUGGGAAUCAUGACAAAUUGGAAAGAUUUCCUAGAGGAGGAAUUACAGGAAACCAGGAUGGCAUUUCAAAAAUACAUCAAUUAUACCUUUCCUAAGCUUUCACCAGGACAUGCAGAUUUUAUUCUGCCAGAAAGAAAGAAAACACCUUCUAAUCUUGUUAUUAAGGAGAACAAAACAACUCUUGAUUAGAAGUCUUCAGUUGGAAUUUCACUACAAAAGACAUCAUUCCAGACUAAAUAAAUGUACUCAAAAACCA